UUCCUGCUAGGUCUAUCGACUUGAGCCCCCUUUCCCCCCAAACAGCCGCACCAAAAGCAAAACACCUCUCUCUCUCUCUCAUGAGAUUCGAGAGAAAUCCCACAAAUAGAAAUGUCCAAACGCGAGCUCUCCACCACUCUCAAGAAUUUGAAGUUCAUGCAAAGGGCAGUUCAGAAGCAGGAGAAAACAAAGAGCGAGCAAGAGCUGAAACCAGACCGGGCUUUCGUUUCAUCAACUACCCAAAACAGAAAAUGCAAAGUGAUAAUGGAAGGAAAUCCUCACCCUGGAGCACUAAAAGGACGGAUGUCGUUUCAAAGCUUCAAUCCUUCGAUCGAUAAAUUGAAUGAAGAAGCAGAGAACCCUUGUCAACCGCAAACCUCCGCUACAAGCUCUGGCGAUCAAGAUGAGCAAAUGCCUGAUAGAGAAAAUGGGUUUUCACAGACGAGAACAGAGAACUCGAACAUAGCCGGAGAAAGCAGUCCUUCUGAUCCAGAUCAUAAAAGGAAGCAGCUGGAAAUGGAUGGCGGAUCGCAAUCUCCAUAUAAAUCGCAGAGGAAACUAAGCAAGGACGGUGAUGGGCAAUCGUCAUCGAAUGAUAGAAAAGGUUCUUUUAAGCAGCCCAAGCGUGACAAGCUGGAUUGGAGCGUUCUAAGACCACCAAAACCUUCAACUAAACAAAGUUGAGCAACAUAUCAGGUGCAGUUCGGCGCUUUUGUACUUUGAUUAUAUCAAGAGGUAGUUAAUCUUUCUUUGCUAUUUAUUCUUCCUUUGUCUUUGAAGCUCUGACCAAUGAAAUACAUGUUUCAGAGUAUGUGGUUUGCUGAACUCACAUUCACUGACAAGGCAGCCCAUCUACAUGUUACCAUGCGUGAUGAGGUGGCACAGGUGUGGGAUCCAACCCGUCCAUCAGGUGGGUCAUUGUGCAGUUGCCUUGAUCCAAAACAUAGUGGCCAGGCACAAUGUUGAGGAAAAAAAAAUAAUGGGUAAGGGGAACUUGGCUGCGUUUUGUUAGCCAUCCCCACUUAUUUUUGUAAGCUGUGCCUCACCUGAUGACUGGCAUGUGUGUGGUGGGACCCACCUUAUGGACGGUCUGUAUUUUGCAGCCUUUUGCCACGUUAGCACACAAUGCAGCAUGUGGGGGGCAGUCUUGUUCAUGUGCAUGGGCACACAAACCUCCCGAAAUAUCUCCGAUAUGUUGUGUAUUGCAGUGUACUUUCUGUGAUGAAGGUUUUCUUUUUCAUGACGGGAUCUGCCACAUGAUUGUUGAUUCCAAGUGUUUUUUUUUUUUUAAUUAAAUAUAUUAUGGGAACAUUAGAAAGUUUGACUACCUCA